GUAGAGUAAGUAACAAGAUGAAGGAAGACGAUCUCAGUCAUAGCUACAGCCGGUAGAGAGUGAGAGAAUCGCAGAAAUGGCUAUGGAAACUCGUCAGAGACGGCCUUUGCCGUCCAAUCCAUCUUCAUCAUCGUCUUCUUCUUCAUAUUCAAAGUUCGACAAAUCAGGGAAAUCAGACGGAACUGAACCGGAUAAAGGAUUGCGAUGGGUUUUGCCUUUGUUGGCAUUAGGUAUGCUUAGAUACUUCAGUGCUACGUCAAAUAUCGUCCACGAUUGCGACGAGGUGUUUAAUUAUUGGGAGCCUCUUCAUUUCCUUCUAUACAAGUCCGGUUUCCAGACUUGGGAGUACAGUUCACAGUUUGCCCUCCGCUCGUACUUGUACAUUCUGUUCCAUGAACUAGUGAGCAGGCCAGCUUCUUGGAUAUUUAGAGAUGAGAAGGUGCGAGUAUUUUAUGCAACAAGAAUCUUUCUUGGUCUGAUUUCUGUCAUCACAGAGUCUGCUCUGAUUGUAGCCCUGUCUAGGAAAUAUGGAAAGCGAAUUGCAUCUUAUGCGCUGGCCAUGCUAUGCUUAACGAGUGGUUGCUUUUUUGCAAGCACAAGUUUCUUACCCAGUUCAUUCUCAAUGUAUGCCAUGUCACUGUCCUCUGCUCUGUUUCUUUUUGAUAGGCCAUCAUGGGCAGUGGCAGUGGCAGCCAUUGGAGUCAUCCUUGGCUGGCCUUUCUCUAUAUUGGCUUUUCUACCAAUAACGAUUUAUUCAUUGAAAAGAAAUUUCAAGCACUCAUUUCUCGCAGGAGCUUCCACCUCCCUCGUGCUUCUUGCGCUCUCGUUAUUUGUUGAUAACCAAUAUUAUGGACGGUUAACAUCAUCGGUUAUGAACCUGUUGUUAUAUAAUGUUGCAGGAGGUGGGGACAGCCACUUGUAUGGGACUGAAGGACCACUUUUCUAUUUGAAAAAUGGGUUUAAUAAUUUCAACUUUUGCUUUAUUCUUGCUUUGCUGUUUCUGGUAAUGCUUCCUAUUGCAAAGAGGAAGUAUGCUCCAGAUUUGUUGAUUGUCAUCUCGCCUAUCUAUAUUUGGCUGGCUUUCAUGUCUUUACAGCCACACAAAGAAGAAAGAUUUCUGUACCCGAUAUAUCCACUCAUUUGCAUCGCUGCUUCAGCUGUCAUAGAGAGCUUUCCUGAUUUGUUUCGUGACAAGUUUAACCAAAAUGAUGCAUCUCUCCUUGUAACGAUAGCAAAACUUGUGAGGCCCUUGGCUCUUGGCAUCAUUUUAUGGGCCUCCCAUUCUCGAACAUUCUCCAUAAUACAUGGUUAUUCUGCGCCGAUGGAGAUUUACAAACAUUUGGACUACCAUGAUGAUGUUGGACCAGGAUCCGUGCUUUGUGUUGGUAGCGAAUGGCAUCGCUUUCCAUCAUCCUUCUUCAUUCCUGACCAUGUUUACGAAGUCAGAUGGAUAGAUGACGGUUUUGGAGGACUCCUUCCGUUCCCAUUCAAUUCCACCUUGGGUGGAACAACAGUUGCUCCAACUUAUUUUAACAACAAGAACAAGGCUUCAGAUGAGCAAUAUCUUCAAGAUCUGGAAAAGUGCGACUUUCUUGUCGAGUUGCAGCUUGAACGCCCUUACCUAACUCGUGGAAGCGACAUGUCAACAUGGGAGGUAGUUGCGGCAAUACCUUACCUGGACCGAGAGCUUUCACCUGCCAUAUACAGGUCAUUCUACAUUCCGCACCUCUGGCAUCAUAAGAAUGUAUUUGGAUUAUACAAGCUACUGAAGAGAAUACACAAGUGAUAUUGGUUAUAUUCUCAACUCUUCAAACAUGAGAUAUUUGCUCAUCAGAAAAUGCUCCCCUUUUAAAGUUGAGAAUGUUCGAGUGGUGGCCUCAUUUCUGAAGCAAAUUUAACACUUAUACGAUGCACUAAUCGUUUGACCCUUUUUUCCUAGACACCGGAAGUUAGUUUUUCUACACUUUAAGUUGUUGUUGAUCUAGUUUACGUCGUUAAUUUGGAAUUUUGCUGUUGUUGACUGUUGUUUAGUUAAUGGUUCAUUUGAAAAUUUUAAGUA